GACGGAGCGAGGCAGCCGGCGACUCCGAGGGCGCGCGCUACUUGCUUUUGCGGGGCUGGCGAAGCGCUGCGGCCCCGGCUUCUCACCGGGAGCCGUUUCGGGACUAUCCCGGUGGAGGGAAUGACAGAUGCUGCAAUGAUGGAAUUGAGCUGCACUGAAGCACCUCUUUAUGGGCAAACCAUUAUAUAUGGAAAGUUUGACAACGUUCUUCUAGAGGAGGCUGAAUUUUACUUUGUUUACAAAGGAUCAAUACAGAAACAUGUGGUUUUUGCCAAGCAAGUUACUGAAAACACUCUUGAAUCUAUCAUUCCAGCUCAUAGAGAAGAAGAAGAUGUUUCUGUCUUUGUGGUUAUGUAUGGAAAGGAAAGUGAAUUUGUGAUUCUGGGUUCCUCAUGUAUUACCUUCAAGCAUGACAUUGCUUGUGAAUUAGCCUGUUUCUUGGUGAGUCAGGCCAACUGUCUCACUCCCUCCAGUCAUCACACCCUUCUCAGUCAGUUUGAUUUGAUAGAGAGAGAUUUGCAGUCAAUGGAUCAUGAUGUUAUGCUAGCCAUGGCCUGUGAAGAGAUUCCAUCUUCCUGGAAUAUUGUUGGGAAUAGUACAGAAGAUGAAUCUAAAUGCAAAGAAACACUUCUCCAUCUUGCAAUGAGAUUGGGUCUGGUUCAACUUUCGCAGUUCCUGUUAUUCCAACCAGGUGGAACAGUUGCAGUCACUUUACUUAACGAAGAAGGAUUGACACCAUUGGACUUGGCCUUACAGAAUGGACAUAUCAGUCUUGUUGAAAUGUUUUCCAAAAGGCAGAUCAUCCAUCCUUUUGAGAUUUCUAAAGUGGAACUUGAUGAAAAUGCUGUCCUUCAAUUUGCUUAUUCAUCAGGGACUUUGUUGCUGACAUUUAAUCACACAACAGACCAUUCGUUAGAAUCUGAUGUACAGCUCUUUAGGAAAUACUUCUGGGAUAGAACUUUUAUACAAAAGAAUCUUACUCCAAAGCAAGCUGAAACAUUGGGAGGAAUACAGAUGCCUUGCAACUCUAUAACAUCUAAAGAAGAUCUUAUAGAUGUUGCAUCUGAGGAACCACCUCUUAAAAAUGAAGAUUUGACGUUUCAACAAGAACAUAUAAUUCAUCCACAGGAAAAUGAAGAUGAGAAUGCAUUGGAUUUAGCUCAGCAAUAUUCCCCAUUUGAAGCUUAUAGGAGAAGACCAAAUCCUUCCACCUUCUUUGCUGCAGCAAAACUUUCUGCUAUGCUCAAUGGAAAUGAUGAAGUAUAUGCAAACCGCAUGGUAGUAGAUGAGUUGGAAGAUGCUGGUGUCAAGUACAUUAAUAACAGCCCGAGUACUUUGGAAACUAACACAGAUUCAAGUAAAGAUCCAAAAGUGUUGAAAAAUAUUCCAAGCAACAAAAAUCUAUCAUCAGUUAUGAUACCCAGCUUGGAUACCUCAGGUUCUGACAUGCCAUCAAAAAAGACACAUGCCUUUAGGAAUCUACGGAAUCAUCGUUAUCCCUUUAUUAAAAAACGAAGUUCCAGUCUUGAUGACUUGGAUGUUGACAGUGGAGAUGAAAGAUCCCAUAGCUGCUAUUCUUCAGUGACUUACAACUCUUCUGCGAUCUUGCCGAGUGAUAGGGAGCAAUUAAGUGCUUCAGAGCCCACCGCUAGAUUGGACGACAGCAUGAACACAGCUGAAUCUCUUCCUUUGUCCAGCAGUUUACAGUCCAAGGAAUCUCUACUUUCGGGAAUUCGUUUGCGUUCAUAUUCUUAUACUUCACCCAAAGUCUUAUUAGGAAAACCACCGUGCGUUCAGGAAUUUAUUCAAUGUGAUUCAAAUGAUGAAUCACACACAUUCAGCUUGCAUGAACAGUCAGAAAAAAGGAUUCAAGAAGAAGAAUGGGAUAAGUACAUAAUACCAACAAAAUCAGAAUCUGAAAAAUAUAAAGUUAGCCGAACAUUCAGUUUUCUAAUGAAUAGAAUGGCCAGUACACGAAAUAAAUCUAAGGCAAAAAACAAAGAUGCCAAAGAAAAAGAGAAAGCUAACAGGCAUCACUUUGGUUCUGGAUCGUAUGCUGGAGUAAUGCCGUGUUUCACAUGUGAGAAACCACUGUUGGGGAAAGAAUCAUUGCAGUGUUCUUAUUGCAAUGCAAUUGUGCAUAAAAGUUGUAAGGACUGUGCUCCUGCAUGUACAAAAAAAUUACAAGAUAGAAGUUAUGUUAAGAACAAGAUACAAACUGUCCAGACAAAUCUAUCAUUCAGAGAUACUCCACAGCCAGCAUUGGCAACUCUGCCUUCUACCACAAUUCCCAUUGGAGUAUCCCUUAUGAAAAAAGAAGCAUUACAGCAACAACACUCCUUAUCCAGAAGUGUUCCAAGUACCACUUCUGAAAGAAAGAGUAUGUCCUCACUGGAGCCAGAUACUAAUACCAGCAAUUGGAGAUCUAGGUCACACUCCGAAGAGUUGCUGCAAACAUUAGGGUCUACUUCAUCUGUUGACUCUUUUAUAAUUGAAGAUGAUGUUGAUGCCUCUUUAUGGAGUGACCUCAGCACUGAUACGUUGGAAUUUGAGGCAGAAUCUUGGAGUCUGGUUGUAGAGCCUUGGUUUUGUAACCAACAAGAAAAGGAUGUUAUCAAGCGACAAGAUGUAAUCUUUGAACUGAUGCAAACAGAAGUGCACCACAUCCAUACCCUCUUCAUCAUGUCCAAAAUAUUCAGAAAAGGGAUGAAAGAAGAACUACAGCUGGACCACAGCACAGUGGACAAAAUAUUCCCUUGUUUAGAUGAGCUGCUAGAACUUCACCAGCAGUUCUUCUGUAGGAUGAAGGAAAGGCGACAGCUCUCAAGUCGGGAGGGAAGUGACAGAAAUUUUGUGAUCAGCAAAAUUGGAGAUGUCCUUGUGCAGCAGUUUUCAGAAGAGAAUGCAAGAAAAAUGAAGACAAUCUACGGGGAGUUUUGUAGUCACCAAAAAGAAGCAGUUAGCCUUUUUAAAGAAUUGCAGCAAAACAAAAAAUUCCAGAAUUUCAUCAAACUGCGGAAUAGUAAUCUUUUGGCCCGGCGUCGAGGAAUCCCAGAAUGCAUUUUGCUAGUCACUCAAAGAAUCACCAAGUACCCAGUUCUAGUAGAAAGAAUAUUACAGUAUACCAAAGAAGGAACAGAAGAACAUCAAGAUUUGUGUAGAGCUCUUAACCUUAUCAAGGAUAUGAUUGCAGCAGUUGAUUUGCAAGUCAGUGAAUACGAAAAGAAACAGAAGUUGCUGGAGAUUCUUAGUAAAGUUGAGAACAAAACAUAUACCAAACUGAAAAAUGGACAUGUUUUUAGGAAACAAGAUUUGAUCAAGAAACAGAGAACGCUUUUGUAUGAAGGGUUAGUCUACUGGAAGACAGCUACAGGACGUUUCAAAGACAUUUUAGCUCUGCUUCUAAAUGAUGUGAUGUUGUUUUUACAAGAAAAAGAUCAGAAGUAUAUAUUUGCAGCUGUUGACCAGAAGCCUGCUGUUAUAGCUCUUCAGAAACUUAUUGUCAGAGAGGUAGCCAAUGAAGAGAGAGGGAUGUUCUUGAUCAGUGCAUCCUCCACAGGACCUGAGAUGUAUGAAAUUCAUACUAGUUCCAAAGAGGAACGCAGUCACUGGAUGAGGCAAAUUCAAGAAGCAGUGGAAAGUUGCCCAGAAGAAGAAGGCAAAAUAGGUGAUUCUGAUGAGGACCGAAAAAUAACUGAAGCCAGAGCGGCCAAAAUUCAAAAAUGUCAAGUACUCUUGAAUAAUCAAGACCAGCAGAUCUGUAACUAUUUAGAAGAGAAACUUAAUAUCUAUGCAAAGCUUGGGAAUAUGAGUGGUUUUGAAGAAGUUCAGGCAGAACCACAUCUACUUAUUAAGCCCGACUCUGGAGAAACUCCUCAAGUGGCUUCACUUUUGGCAGCAGCUCUCAAAGAAGCGGAAAACCUUCAUACAACAGUAGCAUUAUUGCAAACGAAAGACACAAACCACUCAAAGGAAGAGAGUGUUGGUGAUUCAUGUUUGACAAAUCUUAGUGAAACUGAAGAACGUGAACCUUUCACUGAUUGUACAGAACUACAGAAGGUAGAGAAAGAAAUUUGUAAUUCUGACAUGCACUAUGAAAACAAUGUAGCAGAAAUGGAUAUACUAGAUCAGGAAGAAAAUGCCUGCUUUUCUGCUUCUGCACAAACUGAGGUUGUGCAGACUAUCCAGAAUUUAACACGGCUCUUAUACAGCAUUCAGGCAGCCUUGACUAUCCAGGACACUCACAUUGAGAUCAAUAAGCUGCUUCUGCAGGAACAUGAAAGGUCCAGCUUGAGCCACAGUCCACGGAGCACUUUCUUUCUCGAACAAGAAAAACACAGAAACUUAAAAGAAGAAUUCGCAAAUAUUCGUAAACUCCAGCAGCAAUUUCAGCAAGAGCAGCAACGAUGGCACCGUGAAUGUGAGCAACAGCAACAGGCGCACGAGACAAGAGAGAGCAGGUUGCUGGAGAAGGAGAAAGAAUGCUGUAACCAAGAAGAGUUGCUUUGCAAAAACCGUGAAGAGCUGGAUAGCCAGUUCCAAGAUUACCAACAGAACCUACAGAGACUCCAAGAGAGUCAAAGGAUGGUGGAGAAGGAACGGGAAACUGUCAGGUUGCAACAAAACAUUUUGCACCACUGGAAACACAACCAUCAAAGCAAUCUGCCAGCAGUCAUCUCAUCGGGAACCAAUGAGAUAAUGGGACCUGUUCAUUUGGACAGUUUUUGUGGUGAAAAUUCAGCCAUCAUAAAAGAAACCCUAGUACAGAUGUCAUUAAACCACCUCAACAGAUCAAAUUCUCUAGCUUACCAAGACUGUGGGAAUAGUGUAAAUUUAACAGAUUCAGAGUUACCAAGGAGAACUGAAAAUCAGGCCAACUUCAACAUGGAUAUUUCUUGUCAGCAAACAUUCACCGCUGAUCUCUCAAAAUCAACAGGACCUUGCCAUCAUCCUUCUUCCAACAGAAAUCAGUCAGAUGCUUGUAACAAUCAUAUGAAUGCAUUGCAGAGCCAGUAUCCAAGAUUACAAGAUUUUGAUUCAACUCAUGGCAACUUUCAGUUACUUCACCCUUCAGAUGUUCUGCUUCAUAAUUUACCUUGUGACAUGGAACAAGAUUCAGAAAAUGGUGGCAUGGAAGAAAAGAUUGUUUAUCUCUAAUUCCCUGUUUGUAAUAUUAAUACAGUAGCACUUUGGGGUAGCUUUUCUAAUUGUAGUUAUUCUGUAUACAAAUUGCUUUGCCAGUAUAUUAUUUAUUUCAAAAUACAAAUUUUCCCUAUCCAUAGGAUACAAAUUAAGUUAUUUUUUAAAAUAUACCUGUAAUAUUUAAAUUGUGACAUUUGAACAUUGAUAGGCUCUAAAACUACACCUGGUGUAUAUAUGUAUAUAUACGUAUGUAUUUGUAUGUCUGAAGUAAGAUGAUCAACAUUGGACUAGGUUAAAUGGAAAGAUUUUUGCUUUAGAUUAUGUACACUAUAAUUUGAGCAGCUAAAAUUUAAGAAUGCAACUUCAAUUACAAAAAAAAAGCACCAAGUGAUAACACAUGAUGUAAUGAAAAAACAGAAACAAGAACCUCGGUCUUUGGCUGUUGUACUUUCUGAAUGUACCAUAGUGAAUUUGUUACAAACUUUUAUAAGCAUCGGUCCAAUCAUUACCUCAGGCUGCUUCCCUUCAGAUACAUUGAAUUUCAGUUCAUGUAACCAACAAGCAUCAACUUGAAGAAGGCCGUGUUCUCAGUUACUUUCCAAGUUACACGACCACAUUCCGUCUUUCAUAUUAGUUUCAUAACAUGUACACAGCAGACAUGAUCGUGACCUGAAAUAAUGAUGAAAAGCUCUUGAAAUAAAACCUCUUCUGAAUCACUAUAGCUUUUUCAGUUGAACACUAGGACCUCUGCCACAUUAUAGUUAUUUUUAUCUUGUUGCAGUUGUGAACCUUUUGAUCUGUAGUCUAAUGUGGUCCUAAUAUAUCUUAACAGCAAAGAGUUUUAGUAAAUAAUUAAUGGCCAUAUAUUUGUCACUUCAAGCUACAUUUGUUUACUGUAUCAUUCCUUAGUAGAUAUUUUUGUCAUUUUCAUCAACCAUGUACAACAUCUUUUGCUUUACAGGGAUCAGUUUUAUGUAUUGCCUUAGAAUUUGUCCUUAACUAUUCAGAGUGGCCUUUCAUAUCAAAAGCAGCAAAACUCAUGGCAUUUCUCUUUCACAUAGGAUAGAAGGCUAGGAAGUGGAAUAAGAGCAAAUGCAGGAUUUUUCCUAUUUAAACAAUAAACCAGGUUACACCGAUUUCUUUUGUACAUGCAUGGGCUGUGAAUCGGUAUAUAUCUCUCAGAAUGCAGAGCUUUGAUGCACUACAAUAAAUAAGGAUCUUUUCUGUACAUUUUGCAAAUGAAUUGUAUACUUUUUGAAAGGAAUUACUAUUUUCAAUCUCCAAAUGUGUGUUUCUGUGUAUGUAUAUGCACAUAUACAGCUGACUAUGUAUGUAAUUUUCAAUAUGAAAUUGAAGCUGAGCUGAAUAUAAUUCCUAGUGAUCACAUGGACACAUCAAUGUACUUUUAUUGAUGAUAAUCACAAAGUAGUAUCCUAAAACUGUAUUUUGGAACUUCCUUCCUUCCUUCCUUCCUUCCUUCCUUCCUUCCUUCCUUCCUACCUACCUACCUACCUACUUACCUACCUACAGUUGCAAGUGGGACUGCUUGCUUAUGAGUUCAUUCAAAGAUCAGGUCUGAUUGCAUUUAGCUUUUUCAAAAAUAGCCAAUAUUCUGUCAUAAAUCAAUUAACUGCAGAUAGUUUCAUUUACAGUUGCUACAGUGGUGAGAUUCUUAGUGUUUCAAUGAGUUCUAAUUCUUGUAAGCAAAGAGGGUCUGUGUAGGUUGCCUUAGGAUUCAGUCAGUAGUUUUAAUAAGUGCUUGCCAUCUCCUCACUCCUCCCAUUCAAUACUUCCUUCAGAGAACUCCCUGUAGCUAUGAAUGCAAUUGCCCUGUCACCUCUAUAUGUGUUUACUGAUCACUUAACUUAAACUUAAUUUAAAUAGCAAACCUGUAGCAGUACUGUAUGUUGCAAACUCCUAAAAACUAUGCUUCUUUUUCACUUGGUGAAAAUUAUAUGUUUCAUGUCCCCCUCCCCUUCCUUUGUUUCAGCUAUGGAUGAAAUGUUAAUCCUGUAUCUGCAGGAGUUGUUUUUCCUCACUGGAUAAAUGGCCUCCCAGGUGUCCCCUCUUGUAGAUCCAUUUGACACAGUCUAGGUCUAGAAAUAUACCCUUGUAUGCUGCUUGGUUAGCUUGCUGAAUUUUCAUAAUUUACUGAAAUGGGACAUUUCACAGUGCAUGCUAGAAUAGCACCAUAGUGAAUUGAAGGCUUCUUGUGAAAGAAGAGGGAGGGGCUGUUUGUUGAUUCAUGGAGAACUAAAAGGAGGGGGAAAGUAAACUUAUUGACUAAUGGGUUUACGGUAGAUAAAAUUUGCAGAUAGGCUUAAUUCUCAGAGCUAGCUAUUGGUUUUCUAAAGUUGGGCAAUGAUUAGCUGAAUUUGCUCUCUGUAAGUUCCAGGGCGAUGCUAAAUCGGUCAAGUUCAACAGAGGGGAGGGAGAUAAAAUGUGGAAUUUUAUUGCAAAUUGGAUAAAAAUAUUAAAAUGGAGAAUGGUCAGACAGCAUUUCACAUCUAUGUCCAGGCAAAAAUGAAAUAUAAUAGAAACAGCAGUGGCUGUUAACAGGUAAAGGUAGAAUGUGCACAACCAACCCAUAAUAUAUUGGAGUCCAUUUACUACUAGUACUCACUGCGUGUAUACUACACAGUAUAUGUGUGCCACAUACUUUCUUGGAAAGAACAAUUGCCUACUAACCUAUUUCCUGCACUGCACUGUGCCUGUGGAAGAGAAAUUAUGUCAUAUCUUUAUUUACAAUACUUUCAGUGAUCUUCAGACCUUUAACAUUAAGUAUUGUCUAUUUUGUUUACCCA